GUUCACUGAAAUGGUUGCCUCACCUGCCAAUCGGAAAAUCUUCAUUGAUUCAGUGAUAGAAUAUCUGCAUAAAUUUGGUUUUGAUGGAAUUGAUUUGGACUUUGAAUACCCAGGAUCCAGGGGUAGCCCUCCUGAAGACAAGCAGCGCUUCACAGUCCUCAUUGAGGAAAUGCUGGCUGCUUUUGAAAACAGUAAAGUUGAUGGGAAGAGGCUUCUAGUCACUGCAGCAGUGUCUGCUGGCAAAGGAACCAUUGAUGCAGGAUAUGAAAUAGCAAAGAUAGGACAACUUUUAGAUUUCAUCAGCGUAAUGACAUAUGAUUUCCAUGGAGGCUGGGAUACCUGCACAGGACAUAACAGCCCCUUGUGUGUGGGACCCAAAGAUGAAGGUGAUAUGAAGUAUUUCAACAUUGAUUUUGCCAUGACAUACUGGCAUGAAAAUGGUGUCCCACUUGAGAAGCUCCUAAUGGGAUUCCCCACUUACGGACGUACCUUCAGGCUGACUACUUCUGACACUGGUGUCUGUGCACCUGUCUCUGGAGCUGGCUCUGCAGGACAGUACACUCGCGAGGCUGGCUUCUGGGCCUAUUAUGAGAUUUGUACAUUUUUGAAGACAGCUAAAUUAGAAUGGAUUGAUGAACAGAAAGUUCCAUAUACCUACAGGGACAACGAAUGGGUUGGCUAUGACAACAUUGACAGCUUCCGAUGCAAAGUCAGAUACCUGAAGGAGCAUGGGUUUGGAGGUGCCAUGGUUUGGGCCAUUGAUCUGGAUGAUUUUCUGGGCACAUUUUGUAAUGAAGGAAAAUAUCCUCUAAUAUCUGAACUGAAGAGACUUCUUGAAUCAAAUGAUCCCAUUACCUGUAUUGGAGGAAUUUCUGGAUGUACAACUCCUCCCACAGGUACUACAACUCCUCCCACGGAUACUACAACUCCUCCUCUGUGUGACACAACUCCUUCCCCAGGCAUUACAACUCCUCCCCUGGGCACUACAACUACCACAGGACCUUCUGAUCCUAACUUUUGUGCAAACCAACCAGAUGGCACCCAUGCUGACCCACAAGACAAGACCAAAUUCUAUAUAUGUGCUAACCAUCAGACUUUCAGCUUUAGCUGUGCAGCUGGGUUGGUUUUUGAUGUCAACUGUAAGUGCUGCAACUACCCUUAA